ACCGAUUUGCUGCCAAACCGGAGGAGCUGGCGAGCCCCUCGUUGUGAUUAGGCGCGUCCCUACGGAGUAUUGAAUCUGGACCCCACCAUUGACUGUUCUCUUUUUGCUGCCACUGCGUCCCGUUAUUGUUCCAUCCCACCAAACACUCCCUUAUCCUCUGCCUGCUCUACACGCAAUCUGGACUUUCUUUUGCGUUGCAUUGUCCAGUCUUGCACCACAAUCCUUCCGUAAGCUACAAACUGAGUCGCAUAGGUAUCUGGAACCCGAAUAAACAGUCAUGCCUGUCUCCGGCCUUUCCGUCAAUCCCGACUGCGUCUCAAAAUUCAAUGAUUUGAAACUCGGUCGCGGCGGUCCAAAAUACAUCAUCUACAAGAUCUCCGAUGAUCAGAAGGAAAUCGUGGUAGACGAAGUCGGCAGCGAGCCAGACUACGACGCCUUCAGAGAGAAACUCAUUGCCAAGAAGGAGGCCAAUGGGAAGGACCGUCCUUCGUAUGCCAUUUACGACGUCGAGUUCGAACUUGAGGGCGGUGAAGGCAAGAGAUCCAAGAUUGCAUUCAUCACCUAUAUCAACCAGGACAACACCGGUGUCAAGUCCCGCAUGGUGUACGCCAGCUCCCGCGAGACCUUGAAGAACGCCCUCAACGGGAUUGCCAUGAACUGGCAAGCAAACGACCCUGGCGAGUUGGAGUGGGCCGACCUGCUCAAGGAAGCUAGCAAAGGCAAAGGGACAGUCUAAGAACAAAAUGACAGUGGAUGGCGUUGGACAACACUUCGACGUACCAGCAACAGAACACGUUUAUCACAAGAUACAUCUUGGUCUUGUGGUACCAGGAAGAAAGGGCACAUCUUCUGACGAGCCGAGCAUGGCACACAGGUUGAGUAUGCGCCGUUGGAGCACGCCCGACAUUUGAUGAAGCUGUGACGAAGAUAGAACACUGCAACGUUGAACGACCGAGAUAGAUCGUCUCGAACCAAAACUCACAGCAUUUUCUCAUGUCUCAAAACUUCGAGCCUUUCAAUGUGAAUCUGGUGUGGUCUGCAGCAAGGACGGAACCCAAUAUGACUGAUACUGCCUUCCGUCAAUGUGUGCUUGUUCGCCUCGAUUGAUUCCACUUCUUUGAGUGUACACCUCCCUGCAUGUCUCUGGCACGAUAUUAUGCGCAUGCGUCCAUUUGAUCCGACUUCUUGGCUUCACAUCUGAUGCCACACUGCAGCUGAUCGGAGUCGUAAUUUUGGUAUUUCUGAGUACUGCGGCAUAACAAGCAGC